GCUAUAGACCAACGUUUGCUGCAUCUCACUUUCGUAAACACAACAAAGUUCAGGAAAAAUGUAUUAAUUACUCAUCGAAGAGUUAGAGGCAAAAUAGACAAUGGCUUUGCCUCCCUACCUGAUCCCGGGCAGCCCCUGGGCCUAUAUGGCACAGCAGCAGGCACAGCUUGCUGCUGCCCAGGCCCAGGCUGCUCAUGCUCAGAUGCAUGCACACUUUCAAGCCCAAGCCCAAGCACAGGCACAAGCCCAAGCCAUUCCACGUCCACAAGCAGGACCUCCGCCAGUGGAAAAUGUUUCACUGGAGAAGAUGCAGGAGAAAGCUCGAAGAUGGCAACAGCUCCAUAACAAAAAGUAUGCAGAGAAAAGAAAAUUUGGAUUCGUGGAUGUACAGAAAGAGGAAAUGCCACCCGAGCACAUCCGGAAGAUCAUUCGUGAUCAUGGUGACAUGUCAAGCAGAAAGUACCGUCAUGAUAAGCGCGUUUACUUAGGAGCACUGAAGUUCAUGCCUCAUGCUGUGUUGAAGCUGCUGGAGAAUAUGCCUAUGCCCUGGGAACAAAUAAGAGAUGUGCAGGUCCUAUACCACAUCACUGGAGCCAUCACCUUUGUCAAUGAGAUCCCCUGGGUGAUUGAGCCUGUAUACAUUGCCCAGUGGUCCACCAUGUGGAUGAUGAUGAGGCGAGAGAAGCGAGAUCGUCGGCAUUUCAAGAGGAUGAGAUUCCCUCCCUUCGACGAUGAAGAACCCCCUCUGGAUUUUGCAGAUAACGUGCUUGAUGUGGAGCCCUUGGAGGCUAUUCAGAUGGAGCUGGAUCCUGAGGAAGAUGUGGAGGUUGCUGAGUGGUUCUAUGAGCACAAGCCCCUCAUAGACACAAAACAUGUGAAUGGUCCAACGUACCGCAAGUGGCGGCUGACUCUGCCACAGAUGGCAACUCUAUAUAGAUUGGCAAACCAGCUGCUCACAGAUGUGUCAGACAAUAAUUACUUCUAUCUGUUUGACUUGAAAUCCUUCUUCACAGCAAAGGCCCUGAACAUGGCACUUCCUGGCGGGCCCAAGUUUGAGCCCCUGAUUAAGGACAUGAACCCAGCUGAUGAGGACUGGAAUGAGUUCAACGACAUCAACAAAAUCAUCGUGCGUCAUCAGGUGCGCACUGAGUACCGCAUCGCCUUCCCCUACCUCUUCAACAACAUGCCUCAGUAUGUGCACCUCAGUUGGUACCACACCCCUGUGGUCUUGUACAUUAAGACAGAGGAUCCUGACCUUCCUGCCUUCUACUUCGAUCCACUCAUCAACCCCAUCUCGCACCGCAACACCGUCAAGGGGGAGACACUUUUGCCUGAUGAUGAUGAGGACUUUGAGCUGCCAGAGGGUGUGGAAUCCCUGCUAAAGGAUUGGCAGCUCUACGAUGAUGCAACUGCAAAUGGAAUUGCACUCCUGUGGGCUCCACGGCCCUUCAACAUGAGAUCAGGCACCAUGAGGAGGGCCAUUGAUGUCCCACUGGUGAAGACCUGGUACAGGGAGCACUGCCCACCUGGCCAGCCUGUUAAGGUCCGUGUGUCGUACCAGAAGCUGUUGAAGUACUACGUCCUGAAUGCCUUGAAGCACCGCCCCCCGAAGGCCCAGAAGAAGCGCUAUUUGUUCCGCUCAUUCAAGGCCACCAAGUUCUUCCAGACGACAACUUUGGACUGGGUUGAGGUUGGCCUUCAGGUAUGCCGGCAGGGAUACAACAUGUUGAACCUCCUGAUCCAUCGCAAGAAUUUGAAUUACCUUCACUUGGAUUACAAUUUCAAUCUGAAACCAGUCAAGACCCUCACCACAAAGGAGAGAAAGAAGUCAAGGUUCGGUAAUGCCUUCCAUCUGUGUCGUGAGAUCUUGAGGUUGACCAAGUUGGUUGUUGAUGCCCAUGUUCAGUACAGGCUGAACAAUGUGGAUGCCUUCCAGUUGGCUGAUGGCUUGCAGUACAUUUUUGCCCAUGUUGGCCAGUUGACAGGUAUGUACAGAUACAAGUACAAACUCAUGAGACAAAUCAGGAUGUGCAAAGAUCUGAAGCACGUCAUCUACUACAGGUUUAAUACUGGUCAAGUGGGAAAGGGCCCUGGAUGUGGUUUCUGGGCCCCAGGCUGGAGAGUCUGGCUCUUCUUUAUGAGAGGAAUCACACCACUCUUGGAGCGUUGGCUGGGCAACCUGCUCUCACGUCAAUUCGAGGGAAGACACAGCAAGGGCGUGGCAAAGACUGUCACCAAGCAGCGAGUAGAGUCUCACUUUGAUCUUGAGUUGAGAGCCUCUGUGAUGCACGACAUCCUAGACAUGAUGCCAGAGGGCAUCAAGCAGAACAAGGCUCGUACAAUCCUCCAGCAUCUGUCUGAAGCCUGGAGGUGCUGGAAGGCAAACAUCCCAUGGAAGGUACCUGGACUCCCCACCCCCAUUGAGAACAUGAUCCUUCGUUAUGUGAAAAUGAAGGCAGAUUGGUGGACAAACACGGCUCACUAUAAUCGAGAAAGAAUUCGCCGAGGAGCAACAGUAGACAAGACUGUGUGCAAGAAGAACAUGGGCAGACUGACACGUCUGUAUCUGAAAUCAGAGCAAGAAAGGCAGCACAACUACCAGAAGGAUGGUCCUUACAUCAGUCCAGAAGAAGCUGUGGCCAUCUACACAACAACUGUUCACUGGCUGGAAUCACGACGAUUUGCCCCUAUCCCAUUCCCCCCGCUGUCAUACAAGCAUGACACCAAACUCCUCAUUCUGGCUCUGGAAAGACUGAAAGAAGCAUACAGUGUCAAGUCAAGGUUGAAUCAGUCUCAGCGAGAAGAGUUGGGUCUCAUUGAGCAGGCUUAUGAUAAUCCUCAUGAAGCCCUCUCACGUAUCAAGCGUCAUCUGCUCACUCAGAGAGCCUUCAAGGAAGUGGGCAUCGAGUUCAUGGACUUGUACAGUCAUCUUAUUCCAGUCUAUGAUGUAGAACCACUGGAAAAGAUCACAGAUGCAUACCUUGAUCAGUACCUGUGGUACGAGGCAGACAAGAGACGACUUUUCCCACCAUGGGUGAAGCCAGGUGACUCUGAGCCACCUCCCUUACUUGUGUACAAAUGGUGUCAAGGAAUUAACAACCUCACAGAUGUUUGGGACACAGCUGAUGGUGAAUGUAACGUCAUGCUUGAAUCCAAGUAUGAGAAACUGUAUGAGAAGAUUGAUCUUACAUUGCUCAACAGGUUGUUGCGUUUGAUUGUUGACCACAACAUUGCUGAUUACAUGACAGCUAAAAAUAACGUUGACAUCAACUACAAGGACAUGAACCACACCAACCGAUAUGGUAUCAUCUGUGGAUUGCAGUUUGCCUCCUUCAUUGUGCAGUAUUAUGGCUUGGUUAUGGAUUUAUUAGUCUUGGGUCUCAAGCGUGCAGCAGACAUGGCUGGGCCCCCACAGAUGCCCAAUGACUUCCUGAACUUCCAAGAUGUUGCCACUGAAACCCAGCAUCCCAUCAGGUUGUACUCCCGCUACAUUGAUAGAAUUCACAUUUUCUUCCGCUUCUCUGCAGAAGAGGCAAAGGACCUCAUUCAACGAUACUUGACAGAGCAUCCUGAUCCCAAUAAUGAAAACAUUGUAGGCUACAACAACAAGAAGUGCUGGCCAAGGGAUGCCAGAAUGAGGCUGAUGAAACACGAUGUGAACCUGGGACGUGCUGUCUUCUGGGACAUCAAGAACCGUUUGCCAAGAUCUGUUACGACGGUUAACUGGGAGAAUUCGUUUGUGUCUGUUUACUCCAAGGACAAUCCAAAUCUGCUUUUCAACAUGGCUGGCUUUGAGUGCCGUAUCUUGCCAAAGUGUCGCAUGACACAUGAAGAGUUUAAACACAGAGAUGGAGUUUGGAAUCUUCAGAACGAGGUUACAAAGGAACGUACAUCACAGUGCUUCUUGAGAGUAGACGAUGAGUCCAUGCAGAGAUUCCACAAUCGUGUCAGGCAGAUCCUCAUGGCUUCUGGCUCAACAACUUUCACCAAAAUUGUAAACAAGUGGAACACUGCUCUGAUUGGUCUUAUGACAUACUACCGAGAAUCAGUUGUCAACACUCAGGAAUUGCUUGAUCUCUUGGUGAAGUGUGAGAACAAGAUUCAGACACGUAUUAAGAUUGGUCUGAACUCAAAAAUGCCUUCCAGAUUCCCCCCUGUGGUGUUCUACACACCCAAGGAGUUGGGUGGCCUUGGUAUGUUGUCAAUGGGUCACGUCCUUAUCCCACAGUCUGAUCUAAGGUGGAGCAAGCAAACAGAUGUAGGCAUUACUCACUUCAGAUCUGGUAUGAGUCAUGACGAAGAUCAGCUGAUUCCCAAUUUGUACAGGUAUAUUCAGCCAUGGGAAACAGAAUUCCUGGACUCUCAAAGAGUGUGGGCUGAGUAUGCUCUGAAGAGGCAAGAGGCUACUGCUCAGAACAGACGUUUGACCCUAGAGGAUUUGGAAGACUCGUGGGAUCGAGGUAUCCCAAGAAUCAACACUCUCUUCCAGAAGGAUCGUCACACACUGGCCUAUGACAAAGGUUGGAGAAUUAGAACUGAAUUCAAGCAGUAUCAAGUCCUCAAGCAGAACCCCUUCUGGUGGACACAUCAGCGCCACGACGGAAAACUGUGGAACUUGAACAAUUACCGUACUGACAUGAUCCAAGCAUUGGGUGGUGUAGAAGGUAUUCUGGAGCACACACUCUUCAAGGGCACAUACUUCCCUACCUGGGAGGGUCUCUUCUGGGAGAAGGCAUCAGGAUUUGAAGAGAGCAUGAAGUACAAGAAGCUUACCAAUGCCCAGAGGUCAGGUUUGAACCAGAUUCCCAACCGUCGCUUCACCCUCUGGUGGUCCCCAACCAUCAACAGAGCUAAUGUGUAUGUAGGUUUCCAGGUGCAGCUCGAUCUGACUGGUAUUUUCAUGCACGGUAAGAUUCCCACACUGAAGAUCUCUCUUAUCCAGAUUUUCCGUGCCCAUUUGUGGCAGAAGAUCCACGAGUCUGUGGUGAUGGAUUUGUGUCAGGUAUUCGAUCAAGAACUUGAUGCAUUAGAGAUUGAGACUGUGCAGAAGGAGACCAUUCAUCCCAGGAAGUCCUAUAAGAUGAAUUCAUCUUGUGCAGACAUCUUGCUCUUUGCAGCCUACAAAUGGAACUACUCAAAACCAUCACUGUUAGCAGAUUCCAAGGACACAAUGGAUGGAUCAACAACACAGAAAUACUGGAUUGAUGUUCAGCUUAGGUGGGGUGAUUAUGAUUCUCAUGAUGUUGAGCGAUAUGCCAGAGCCAAAUUCCUUGACUACACCACAGAUAACAUGUCUCUGUACCCAUCCCCAACAGGUGUGCUUAUUGCAAUUGAUCUUGCUUAUAACUUGCACAGUGCUUAUGGAAAUUGGUUCCCAGGAGCCAAACCUCUUAUACAGCAAGCAAUGGCAAAGAUCAUGAAGGCCAACCCAGCUUUGUAUGUGUUGCGUGAACGCAUCCGCAAAGGCCUCCAACUUUACUCAUCCGAGCCCACUGAACCUUACCUCUCAUCCCAGAACUAUGGAGAAUUGUUCUCCAAUCAGAUUAUCUGGUUUGUAGAUGAUACAAAUGUGUACAGGGUGACCAUUCACAAGACCUUUGAAGGCAACUUGACCACCAAGCCCAUUAAUGGAGCCAUUUUCAUCUUCAACCCUCGUACAGGUCAGCUUUUCCUGAAGAUCAUUCACACUUCAGUAUGGGCUGGCCAGAAACGUCUGGGUCAGCUCGCCAAGUGGAAGACUGCUGAAGAAGUUGCUGCCUUGAUUAGGUCCCUCCCAGUUGAAGAACAGCCUAAGCAGAUUAUUGUCACACGAAAGGGUAUGUUGGAUCCUCUUGAGGUACAUUUACUGGAUUUCCCAAACAUUGUGAUCAAGGGUUCUGAGCUGCAGCUUCCUUUCCAAGCUUGUCUCAAGGUGGAGAAGUUUGGAGACUUGAUCUUGAAAGCUACCGAGCCCCAGAUGGUACUGUUUAACCUUUACGAUGACUGGCUGAAGAACAUCUCUUCCUACACAGCUUUCUCCCGUCUCAUCCUGAUCCUUCGAGCUCUGCACGUCAACAAUGACCGAACCAAGGUUCUCCUCAAACCUGACAAGACAACCAUUACAGAACCUCACCACAUUUGGCCCUCACUAAGUGAUGAGGAUUGGGUCAAGGUAGAGGUACAGCUCAAGGACCUCAUUCUUGCCGAUUAUGGUAAGAAGAACAACGUGAACGUGGCAUCACUAACGCAGUCUGAGAUUCGUGAUAUCAUUCUGGGUAUGGAAAUCAGUGCUCCCUCUGCACAGAGACAACAGAUUGCAGAGAUUGAAAAACAAACCAAGGAACAGUCCCAGCUGACAGCCACCACAACAAGAACUGUCAACAAACAUGGAGAUGAGAUCAUUACCUCAACCACCAGUAACUAUGAGACGGCAACAUUCAGCAGCAAGACAGAAUGGAGAGUGAGAGCUAUCUCUGCUACAAAUCUUCAUUUGCGUACUAACUACAUCUAUGUGUCAUCAGAUGACAUCAAGGAAACCGGUUUUACAUACAUCCUGCCAAAGAAUGUGUUGAAGAAAUUCAUCAUUAUAUCAGAUCUUAGGACACAGAUUGCAGGUUAUCUCUAUGGUGUAAGUCCUCCAGAUAAUCCACAGGUGAAGGAGAUUCGUUGCAUUGUGAUGCCACCACAAUGGGGCACUCAUCAGAUGGUGCAUCUACCACACAAGCUACCUGGGCACGAAUUCCUGAAUGAGCUGGAGCCUCUUGGGUGGAUCCACACACAGCCCAAUGAGUUGCCACAGCUAUCCCCUCAUGACAUCACCACACAUGCUACCAUCAUGGCAGAUAACACAAGUUGGACCACAGACCGCACCAUUGUCAUUACCUGCUCCUUCACCCCAGGCUCUUGCUCCCUACAGGCAUACAAACUCACACCAUCAGGCUUUGAAUGGGGACGGAAUAAUAAGGAUAUGGGCAACAACCCCAAGGGCUACCUGCCAUCCCACUAUGAGAAGGUGCAGAUGUUGCUCUCUGACCGCUUCUUAGGCCUUUUCAUGACCCCACUUCAGGGAUCAUGGAACUAUAACUUCAUGGGAGUCCGGCAUGACCCUAACAUGAAAUACGACCUUCAGCUUGCCAGUCCAAAGGAGUUCUACCACGAGGUUCAUCGCCCUGCUCACUUCCUCAAUUUCUCCUCACUUGACGAAGCUGACACAGCAGGGGCAGACAGAGACAAUGCACUAGAGUAAUGUGCAUUGCAUCAUGUUGGUGUAAAUGGGGAAUUUUGUACAUAAUAUUAAUUAAUAAGUGAUAUAUUUUUCUUCGUUUUCUAGAAUAGUUGGAUAUGUGAUAUCAUAUGGUCUUAUGAAAAGACAAUUGCCCUUAUUUUUUAUUUUGUACAAGUUCAUUUUGUAUGAUUGUGUGAUUCAGGUUUUUCUUUUUGGUGAACAUCGUUCAUAUGAUCAUGAAUGAUGCAUAAGCUGGAAUAGAUGGAAUAAAGGUCCUACACAAGCACCAGUUUGGAGAAUUUUAAGCAAAACAUACCUGAAUAAAUUAUAAAAAAAAUAAAUUGAAAAUACCA